CAAUCAACAUGUACAUGUAAAGCAAAUCAGCUUUGUAACAUACCUUAGGAAUUCUAAAGAGGUGGUUAGGCAUAAAAUAUCAAAGCUGCAUCUAUUACUGAUUAUAUAUCUAUUGAUGAUGUAUUAUUGCGAAUUAAACUAAAAUGAAGAAAAAUCAACACUUCUUACAGUAAAUUCGAUCUGAUAUAAGGCUAAUACUAUUAAUCGAUUGAUGUGGCAAUGAGUCGUGUUGAGCGACAACCGGAUUAUUUAAUUGUAGCAUACAUAGUCGUUCCGACUACGAUCUUGAUAUUACUGUUACUGUUGCUGUACGUCACAUGUUCAAAACGCUUCCGUCUGAACUGGUAUGAAAGGUUUCUAUUGGAAGAAAAAUCAAGUGAUAAAAAGUUCAGUGAGGCAAAGAAUAUUAAAUUACCACCGAAAGCAUCUGUGACUAACGUGUUGUCAGCUAUAGGUGUAGGUAAAGAAAGAAGAUAUUCAAAGGUUCAUUUUAAAACUGAAUGGAUGCCGGUCUCACGGAAAAUGGGCUCAAGCCCCAGUUCUCCAACAAGAGAUGUCAGUGAAAAAUUCUGGGUACCGCCGGCUGUGUUAGAGAGGAAAAGAGCACAGAGUUUGGUGCCAACUGUUCCACAUCAUGACAGUGAUGACGAGGGAAGUUCCGGAAAUGUUACCCCUGGAUCGGUGUCUGGUUUCCGUGACUCAUCCUCGUCCUUCACCUUCGCAAAUGACGGGUUACCACCACUGCCAUCACAAAGACAACGAAGAGCUUCAAUGCAAGAUGCUAUUGAUUUGAAGAAGAUUGAUGCUAAGUUAUAUGAUAGAAAGCAACUGUGUAGACAACAUUCAUUAACAAGUAAUGAAGAAGAAAAUCUCGGUGCAAUAAAUUGUAGUUUACAGUACAACAAAGAGACUCACCUGUUGUCCGUCAACAUAAUUCAAGCAGAAGAUCUCGUAGCGUGUGACGUCAUUUCCGGUACCUCGAAUCCAUAUUGUAAAGUAUCAUUAUUACCAGACCACAAAAGUCAACUUCAAACCAGAGUCCACAAGAGAACUUUGGCGCCAAAAUUUGAUGAGGAGUUUAUAUUUGACAUAUCCCCUUCAAAACUACCAAACUGUUAUCUAGAAAUUUUAGUUUUUAAUUAUGAUCAGUUUUCAACACACGAUUGUAUUGGUCAAGUCAAAAUUGCCUUACUUGACAGUUUGAAUUUAACAGAUAAAGUUGUUAUGUGGAAAGGAAUUUCUCCAUAUCAAGAAGAAGGAAACAAAAGUAAAGAUGUUGGUGAAAUUAUGUUUUCCUUGAGUUAUCUUUCAAGUGCCGAAAGGUUAACUGUUGUUGUGAUGAAAGCGAGGAAUUUAAAACUGGCAGCAGAUGAAAGUAAACUGUUAGAUCCUUAUGUAAAGGUAUCAAUCUUAUGUGAUGGAAAAAGAAUUAAAAAGAAAAAGACAUCGACAGUACACGUGACACAUGAACCAGUUUGGAACGAAGCUCUUGUGUUUAAUAUUGGAAAAGAACUAUUAAAAAGACUGUCGGCAGAAUUUCAAAUAUUUCAUGACAAUACAAUUGGAAACGAUGAACUGGUAGGCAGAGUGAAGAUUGGCUACGAUGCAUUAGGUGAUGGGAAAAUUCAUUGGAAUGAUUUGAUGGCAAGUAAUAGUGCUGUUCCACGAUGGCACGAGCUUCAAGAAUGACAGCAAUAUGGUUUUCUGUAAUUUUACAUUUCUAUUGUGAUAAAUGAAUAAUCCUUAUGUAAGGUCGUAUGUUAACGUCUGCCUACGAAUGAAAAGUCAUACGUUUACUUCCAGCAAUGUGUGAAUGAUUUUUAGAACAAUUUCAAUAUUUAGAAGAAUUUACCUUUACUUUUUUAUAUGAUCAUAUUUGGUAUUCAAUCUGACUAACCUGAACUUAUUUCCGCUAAUUAUGCAAAUAAUUGACAGAUACUUGCAUAAAAACAUAUACUCAAAAUAUUAUAAUAUAUUCAGAUUGCUUUUGGGUUUGUUGCUUAAAGUUCAAUGCAAUGUUAAAAUAUGUGGUCUUUCCUUUUACAUAUCCAAACUGUAUGACCAUAUAAUUAAUUACUCUACUAUGUUUUGAAACAUGCAUGAUCGAAGCCUCUCAUUUUAUGUAGGCAUAUGUUUAUAGCUUACAUGUUUAUACUUUAAAGGUUAAUUUUCGUUAUAUACGAAUUCAAAAAUCUAAUAUUCUCAUCCAGAAUUAUCAUGAUCAUUCGAUUGUCAUAUCCUUUAGUUUUAUUUAAGCUCUGACAAUUAUUGUAAAAUUGUUGUACAUAUAUAAAGAAAGACGCUAUAAGAAGCGAUAUGGUUGCCAAUGAGACAACUCUUCAUAAGAGACCAAAUGACACAGCAAUGAAUAAAUAUAGCUCACUGUACGGCCUUUAACAAUGAGCAAAGCCCAUACCGUUUUGUCUCUAUAGUAAGUAAUUAUCUUACAAUCCGUCCUUUCUUCAAAAAAGGAUAGAUAUUAUUAUUCUAAAAUUCACAUCAAAUACAGAUGUCCUUUUCCCAGUCUUUUGAUACCGAUAUUGAAUUAUAAAAAUGAAAACAACAUAAAAUUACAGGGUAAUGAAAAAACUUGAUUUUUUAUAUUAUUUUGUUGGUUCGCUGGACUUAGACUUACUUUACUAUUGUUUAAGUUCAAUCUCUAGGGGUUUUACCGUUAAGCCCUCAUCUUUCUCUAUUGUUUACUAAUUGUGUUUAUUUUCUUAUCAGCUUGUUCUUGAGCUAGGAGCUGACUUCUUGUAUGCUUUCCAACAACAUUUUUGUUUUGAUGUCUUUAGCCAUUAGACAAAAAUAUCACGAACAAGUAAGUUGUGGAAACAAAAUUUUGAACUUACAAAUAUAACUGUCAAGCUGGUCUCUUCAUAAUGCAUUUUAAGUUUCACCGGCAAUUGAGCGUGUAAUCAUUAAAAUUAAAUGCGUAUCUACGUAGUUUCAUUCUAUACUUCAUACAAAAUAUGCUACUAGUAAAUGCAAAUUACAAAAAGCCGCAUUCAGAUCCUAUAUAAUACAGUCUUCUUCUUGUAAGGCGGAUAUGGUUAGAAUGUGAUUCACUGUAUCUUUGCUUUUAUAUUCAUUGAUGUGACAAGUAAUCUCUGUGGUAGAGUGAUUAUGUCGAAACAGUUCCUCUAAUGUGACAAUUCAUAAAUAUAAUUCUGUUUCAAAAGUACGACUGACCGUAAAAUGACCUGGCCACAUCCCAUUAUCUAGCUGAAGUGCUAACUUUAAGCUACAUACAAGAAUGCAUUUGUAUAAUUCCAUGAUUAGGUAAAAUGUGUAUCAAUCUAGUGUCUUCUAUAGCAAUUUAAAGACAGGCAUUUAUUAAAGGUUUCUUCUUUCUGUUCAGCUUGCUUUUAUAUGGUAGUGGUCUUUAUAAUAAAUUUACAAAUAUCUGAAGUGAUAUGUCAGCAGUCUUAUCAUAGACUGUCGAACAAACCAAUUUAGGACUCGUGCAAGACAUCUAGAUAAUAUGAUAUGCCUAUUGUGUUAUUGCUCUUACUAAAACAUUCUUGUCAUUAACAUGCUUUUUUCCUAAUUUCAAUGUACAUUUCAACAAUACUUAUUUCUAUGUUUUAAAAUAACUAAAUAUGUAUAGAGUUUCCUUAAAUAUUGAAUAUGGUUUUUUUUUCAUUUUACAGUGGUAUUUUGUGUUGAUUAGAUAACUGUUUUUAUUGAUUGUAUGUUUUAUGUAUAUAUUCGUAAUGAAAUAAUCUUGCCAACCUUAUGUUUUGUAUUCAUUUUGAUAACACAGAACACGUUAAUUGUAAACUUAAACAUUUCUUAACAAAAUAUAUUGCUGAUAAAGGGAAAUACGUCAUAAAUUCAAUUUCUUAAGUGAAGACUUUAGAUGCAGGCGAAGAUCGACUACGGUAAAUAAAAAAUGGAGACAACCCUUUAUCAAUUUCAUGAGACCAAAUCAUAUUACUGUAUAUUCCUUCAUCAGCAACGUUCUUAAUAGUUAUCAAAGGUAAUAUCAACCUCAUAUUUGAAACCCAUGGUGCAUAAGGGCCGUAACAUUUCAAGAGCUAAAUCUAGGUUAGACAUUUUUUAUUAUUAAAAAAUAGCAUCUUAUUGUUAAUCUCUGUCUAGUGUGUGUCAUAUGCGCUUAGUUAUAAAUUGUAUCUAAAUAUGGUGAGGAAGUUUAAUAUGUGUAUACGUUGUUUGUUGAAUGAGAAGACUAUUAAAAGAUUUUUGUACAUUCUGUUGAUCUAUAUACCACAACCUAAUAUCGGCUUUCACUGCAUACGAUAUUUUGCAUAAUUUUCAAUGCUAGAUGCGGAGUUUAUCAGACUUUUGCAUACUUAUCAUAUGGAUUUUGCAAUCCGUAUGCAGUAGAUUUUAAGGCAUAAACGUGCGUCUUCAUCCGAUCGUUGGUAAUAUAAUGUAUAUAACCUUAAUAACUUGUAAAUAUUCCUUGUUAUAUUGGAGAAAUAA